GACGAUGUGAAAAUAAUAGACAAGGUUAAGUGGUUGGUCAAUUAGUUAAUUAAUUGAAAUGAUGUUCGAUAAUUGUCUCCCCACCGUCAAUCAUACACUAUACAAAUUCAUGUAUCAAAUUGUCCACCAUUAGUCAAAAAAAAAAUAGCUACAGAAGUUCUCUCACAGUCUGUGACUCAGAACUCAGAACAGAAGCAGUUUUCCGCGUAUUAACGGAUCAUGAGGAGAUUUUGAUGCGACACUGUAAAUUUUAGGAAUGAAAUGUAAUAAAUGCACGGAGGUGGCCAGUAUUUGAUUAAUUUGUAAUGAAAAUUUCAUUAUGAAAUGACCCUCUUCCUCUGAUUCUAUCGUCAUCACCGAUAUGGAGGCAGAAUAUUACAACGAAAUGUUCACACCGACCAAAAGAAUCCCAAGCACUGUUCACAAUACCGGGAGUCACGUCGACUUUGAUGGUCGACAUCAGCAAAACAACAGUAGUAGCCAACCGUUGAUGAGCAACCCAACAAUAACAAUAGACGAAUCUGACGAUGAUGAGGAUGACCAUCUACGUCAGUAUGAACGAUAUAGCGAUGAAUAUUAUGUUUCUCAGCAACCGACGACAUCCUCCAUGAAUCGACACCGUGGAAGAGAUGUGCACAACAAGUGUUGCAAUAACAGAAUGUGGUGUGUCAAGGACAUUUGUGGUAUAAUAUGCGCUGUUUUGACGUGGUUGUUGAUACUGUAUGCUGAGUUUGUCGUGAUGCGAAUAAUUAUUCUGCCUAGUCCGUAUCCCCUCUAUAGAAAUAUUAACGGUCUUAUCUGGCAAGCUUUGGCCUCCCUUGCCUUAAUUUCACACGCAAGAACAAUGUUCACUGACCCGGGGGCUGUACCAAAAGGGAACGCUACGAAGGAAAUGAUCCAACAAAUGGGAUUUCGACAAGGUCAAGUUAUUUACAAGUGUCAAAAAUGUUGUAGUAUAAAGCCAGAAAGAGCACAUCACUGCUCUGUAUGUCAAAGGUGCAUACGAAAAAUGGAUCAUCACUGUCCAUGGGUUAAUAAUUGUGUGGGAGAAAACAAUCAAAAGUUCUUUGUUUUGUUUACGAUUUACAUCGCUUUGAUCUCAAUCCAUGCUCUGUUCCUGGCAAUCAAUCAUUUCAUCAUUUGCAUUCAACACGACUGGAAAGAAUGCUCUACAUACACUCCCCCAGCCACAGUGGUCUUUCUUAUAUUCCUCAUUUUCGAAUCGUUACUCUUUGCAAUUUUUACUGCAGUUAUGCUAGGCACACAAUUACAAGCUAUUUGGAAUGAUGAAACGGGUAUUGAACAAUUGAAAAAAGAACAAGCCCGAUGGGAAAAGAAAUCAAAGUGGAAAAGUCUUCAAGCCGUGUUCGGAAGAUUUUCAAUUGGUUGGAUGAGUCCAUUUACAAGGCCGCCUUUAUCCACCAGUCGACAAGAGUAUUGCUACAUGCCAGUAUAAUCAUCAUGAUAAGUUUAAUCAACCACUCAUCCUCAACAAGUAUUCUUUAAAAUUGACUGUAUUAUCCUCUUUAAUAGUCUACAAUAGCUAAGCUUUAAUAACUGAUCUACUUAAUUCAUUAUUACUACAAGAAAGUUUAAGACUACUAUAUGUUAUUCGCAUUUCGCUUUCAAAUUUGAUAUUACAUGUACAAAAACCUGUGUCAAGUUCGCAUUUAUUAUUCUCCUUGUUGAAUUGUUAAAAAAUUGUUACAAAUAUACACUUUCACUCUUGAUAUUGAAACCACAUACAUUUGAAUGUCCA